UCUCUUCUCUCCCGCCGCCCGUCGCCGCCUGGCGAACACUCGGCACCGACGGUCGUCCAGCGCGUCGUCCUUUUUGAAGUCGCCACGCCUCUUCCCUUCCCGUCGCACUACUCCUGUUCUUACGGCCCGAACCCCCCUCCCCCAAAAAUAUCCCCACCGUCCAGCCGAACAACGCGCAUCCCAGUUUCUCCACCCGUCCAAGCUGCCGUCGCGUCUCCUCGCGUCCGCUCCGCUGCCAAACCUACCCGCUGGCUCGCCCAAGCGCUUUCCCCUACGCUUACGUCGCUAAUACCCAUCCUCACCGCUGCGCUCGACCAUCGCAACGCCUCUACUUCUGGCCCGGCUCUCCUGAGCGGCGGCCGACUCCGUUGUCUUGCUGUGCCUGCUUGCUGUCCCCCUUGCAUUGGACUACAUCAUAGCCACCGGGUCCCACGCCGUAAAAGACACCAGCUGCGCCCACCAGCCCUCCAUCCCCCUUCGACAAGGCUGAAUCGCAAACCUCACACACACACACAACUUUCUUCUUUCUGCACCGCUGCCGACCUCCCUGGUUUUUGGGCUCUUUCUCUUCCUGCGCUCGCAGCUCGUCGACUCGGCCCACACGUCUGCGCACAUCGGUCCAUUCGUUCAGGCUACGUCUUGCAAGCUGCGGAAAGAGGCACCGAAAGCCAGCAUCGCUGAGCAGCUGCUCCCCCAUCGCCAGCAAACCACCGACACCUCGCCUCUCUGACGCAAAUCGCACCUACAACAACAACACCACUACCACCACCACCACCACCACCGCCACCAACAACAACAAUCAUCAUCAUCGCAGACCCAUCAUCUUUGUCCUCUUCAUCGUCAACAUUGUCAUCAACAUCGUGGUGGUGGCUGUUGUCGUCGUCGUCAUUGUUAUCACCACCACCGUCCCAACCGUCACUCCCGUCACAACCGCCUCCGUCACAUCCAGUCGCAAGGGCCCGCCAUGUCGAGCUCUAUGCGUGGCGGUCUGACGGCGCGCGCAAGGAACGGUGAGCCUACGCCGACGCUGCAAACAAACACCGACGAGCCCAUGAGCUCCAAACGGGACUUGAAGUCAUGGUGGAAGAACUUUUCAAGAGGGGACAAAAAGCGAGAGGAAGACAAAGCAAACCAGCCCACGGGCAUCUUCGGCGUUCCGCUACAGACGAGCGUGCGCUAUGCCAACGUUGCGAUAUCACUGCAAGAUUCUGAAGGGAACAGCUACGUGUACGGCUACGUGCCGAUUGUUGUAGCAAAGUGCGGUGUCUUCCUCAAGGAGAAAGCCACGGACGUGGAAGGUAUCUUUCGACUGAGUGGCUCCGAAAAGCGCAUCAAAGAACUCAAGGAAGCGUUCAACUCGCCCGACCGGUACGGAAAGGGCCUUGACUGGACCGGCUACACUGUACACGACGCCGCCAACAUCCUCCGAAGAUAUUUUAACCAGCUCCCCGAACCCAUCAUACCUCUCGAGUUCUAUGAUCGCUUCAGAGAUCCGCUGCGGAACCACCAGUCCCAGGCCGUCGGGCAGAUCGAGGGCCAAAGUCCAGCAGUGGGUGACUUCGAUCACCAAGCUACCAUCAGGAUAUAUCAGCAGUUGAUCACAGAACUUCCCCCGCUGAAUCGCCAAUUGCUUUUGUACAUUCUGGAUCUGCUCGCUGUCUUUGCGUCCAAGUCCGACUUGAACAAGAUGACCACUCCCAACCUAGCAGCUAUCUUCCAGCCAGGCAUACUGUCGCACCCAUCGCACGACAUGGCACCGCCCGAGUACCGCCUCAGUCAAGACGUGCUCAUAUUUCUCAUCGAAAAUCAAGACCAUUUCCUCAUCGGCAUGCCGGGCACUGGUGCAGACGAAAAGACCAAGGCGGACGUGGAAAGCGGUCCCCCGACGCCUUCGGUAGGUCGAGCGCCCAAAAGCGUUCUUGGUCGCUCUAGUUCAGGCGCAAGCAAGUACAGUGGUGUUAGGAGAAGCGUAUCCGUCUCUUCCAAACAGUCGGCUUCCAUUGCGCCUAGUCCAAUCUCGCCGUCCCCUCAUACUCCUCAUACUCCGACGGCUGCUGGCGUACAUCGCAGCAACACGGUGCCGUCGAAGCACUCUCCACGUUCUGCACCCACGCGUUUUCACCGCGACGCGCCUUCGGAGCCAUCGUCGCUGGUGCCGACACCAAUGUACACUCCAGCAGAAAUCCCAGGCGCCUACCCAACCAUCGGUGAAGCUCCGACAGAGAAUGCCACGCCAAAGAUCGAUGCGCCUCCCGCGCCCGCAAUCAUGUCGCCAUCCCAACCCCAGCCGGCAGACGCGCCAAUACCCGUGCCCAAAGAGACAGCAACGUCAAACACCGAAACACACGAUCCACAGCAGCGUCCCGACGCAAUUGAGAUUCCAGCUCAAGCCCGCACCAUGUCCAUCCCUCCAGGUCAAGAGACACCGACUGGUAGUAGCAGGCUCGCUGCUAUAUUCGGAGCCGGGGGCAGCAAGCCGGGAACGCCAGGUGCAGAGGGCCGUAAACCGAACAAGCUACAGAAGAAGAGAAUGCCCGGAUCCUCAAAUCCCAGUGCGCAGAGCUCGUCGCAUUCGUUGACCGACGCUUCUAACACUGAGCAGAUGUCAGUGGCUCCUUCGGUGACGUCUAAUAUGCCGUUGCUGCAAGGGCAAUCUUCUGUUCAACAGACGCCAACGAAUGCGACAUUCUUGCAGCCACCGUCUGCUGAAAACACGCCCGUCAAACCCAACCCCUCUCCCGGUUUGAAGGCAGAACCUCCCAUGUCUCCAGCGAAUUCGUACAGGUCACAUUCGGAAUUUACCGAGGGUGAGCUUGAUGAUGUGCAACCACUGGACAAUCAGGGAGCGCCAGACGUCACAAGCGACAAGGAGACUGAUCAGGCUGACUCCGGCAAGAAGCGGGGGUUUUGGCGUAAGAAGGGCGAAUCCGUCUCAUACGCGCCGCAAAAUCCAAGCUCGAACGUGGACGCUCAGCGUAGUCGAAGUUCUGUUCUAAGCGGCGGCGACUCUAACCGGAAGAGCUUGACACUCGAUCGCAACGCGACACUUAGCGACCCAGAAAGCGACAGUCAUCGCAACAGCAAGCCUAUAGCCUGGUUCAAGGGCAAGCUUGCUGAGCGGGCAGAACGUAAGGAGGAGAAGGAUCGCCUCAAGCAAGAGGCGAAGGAAGAGAAGGAGCGUCUUAAACAAGAGGCUAAGGAGGAGAAGGACCGCCUCAAACAGGAGGCGAAGGAAGAGAAGGCUCGAGCAAGAGCAGCGCAUGCCUCUGGUGACUUUGGCGCGCAGUUCAAUCAUAGUAUCGAUGCUAUAAGUGAGAGCUUUGGUGGCGAGCAAAGUGUGAGAGCCGCAUCGACGGCUGCGACCGCUGCCGCCAACACACCUUCCUCGGGCUUUGAUCACCCUCCCACCGGCGGGUUGCGUAGCCCACCAGCAGCUGAAGUGCCUCAACGUGGCCAGAGCAUGGACAUUAGGCGAAAUGGGCGUAGUAUGGAUGUACCUAGGGAACAGCUUAUGCAGCCCAAGCAGAGCAUGGAUGGGGUUUUGAAGAGCAGCCAGGACUUCGCUCCCGCCGCCGUGACGGCCGCAACCGCCGCUGCGAAAAGCGAAGCGCCGUCUGCCUCGGUCUCUGCAAUGAGCGACUCCACCAAACAGCCUGACGAGAAAACGAAUGCUCAGGAUUCUAGAGAAGGUGCAACAGCUAGUCAGGCGGCUCAACUCGCUGCAAGUUCUGCGCCAAAGGCAUCGUAAUUAUUUCGGGCACUGGAAUGCAUAUCUGCUAAUGGGAUUUUUCUUGGGGAGUGACGAUUUCCAUUGACCACGAUCUGACUACCCCUUUGGAUAGACAAGCGAAGUCAGGCGACGUUUCACUUAUCACGCAUCAAACUUUCGAUCUCUUCUGUCUUGUAAAAGCGAGGCGCAUGCCAGGUGGUUGGUGAUUAUGACUACCUUCUUUGACGGUUUUGCUGAUAUGGUUUUGUAAUGAGCGUGUACUUGAGAGUUGG